AUGCCCAAAUCCCACAACAAGCGCUACGACUACAAAGUAUUCGAGUUGGGUGAGAGGCCUGAUUCUGCGAUAGAUGAUGCACCGAUGGGUAUAAAGAGCAGGCGGGAAGAGAAGCGUGAUGGUCUCGUUGCCAGUCUCGGUGUACCUGUAGCGAUGUGGGAUUUCAACCACUGCGAUCCACGUCGCUGUUCCGGCAAGAAGCUGUCUCGGCAGGGGCUCAUCAAGGAUAUGAAAGUAGGCCAGCGGUUUAGAGGAGUGGUGCUAUCACCCAAAGGUUCCCUCACCGUCAGCCCCGCAGACAAAGAUAUCGUUGCCGCUAGUGGAGCCGCUGUCGUGGAGUGCUCGUGGGCUAGACUCGACGAGAUUCCGUGGGGCAGGAUAAAGAGCCCGCAUGAACGCCUCCUCCCUUAUCUCAUCGCUACUAAUCCUGUCAAUUACGGUAAGCCGUGGAGACUUAAUUGCGUUGAGGCCCUCGCUGCUACUUUCUUCCUCACCGGUUUCGAUAUGUGUGCGGAAACACUGCUAUCGAAAUUUAGUUGGGGUCACUCUUUCCUCAAAGUUAACAAAGGUUUGCUGGAGAGAUACAAGGGUUGCGCUAGCAGCGAGGAGAUUGUCGCAGAGCAGGAGCAUAUCAUGGCAGACGAACAGCGUGAAUAUCAGCAAGCCAGACAGAAGGAUGAUGAGGAGGAUGAUCUGCUCCAGGCGAACCCCAACCACCAGAACUGGAUUGAAGAGAGCGGGAGCGAGGAAGAGAGUGAGGAAAGUGAAGAAGAGAGUGGCAGUGGGAGUGAGGAGGACAGUGAGAGUGAAAAUUACAGCGGUGACAACAGUCAUAACUAUAAAGAGGAAAAGGACAACGAAAACACACACACACAGAGCAUAACCACCAAACUAGACAAAACAAAUCUAUAA